CAUCACAAUCACAAUGAACAAAUUUUCUUCCGCAUCCAAUAUAAUGUAAAUCCGAUAUUUUUGUAUAUAGAACUUGAAAAUUUUUGGUGUAUCGUUGAUUCUCAGUGUUAAUCUACAAAAUGUUAAAUGGCACCUUUCGAUACUGCAGUCACAUUCGUUGUAUCAACCCUGUGGUAGCAAUUACCGGCAACGGUUUGGUGGAGGCAGCUUCUGCAUUAGCGUAUUUAAGAAACUACUGUAAAGACAAGGGUAGUUGCUGCAAGGAUAUAGCUCAAACUCACGGAAAGAGAGUUGAGCCAUGGCCCAAGUGUGACCUCCCGCCUCCGGCGUGGCGUCACGAAUGCCCCUACGAGCCGCAACCACCCAACUAUGAUCCCUACAGGAUCAAAGUGCCAGACGUAGUGUGUCCUCCACUGCCUCCUAGUAAAGCCAAGCCAAUGCUGGAAUGCACCCGCACCAAGGGGCCCUGUUCCCUGAAGCCUGCACCGGAUCCGGCGCCAUGUUCGCCGCCCCCGCCACCACCAUUCCCCUGGAUCUACGUCUGGUCCGUGCUUUCUUUCUUGGGACUUAUGGGAACGAUAUACCAGUUAUACUUGUGGAGAGAUGAAAAGGAUACAAUUAAUACAGCAGUUGUGACAUGGCGCCCUCGUCGCAUAGUGAAGCGUCCAUACCACAGCGAAGAUCUGCCCGCGUGUGUCCAGUACCUCAUCAUCGGCGCCGGCGCCGCGGGCUGGGCCGCCUACAGGGCAAUCCAGGAGCACGACAAGACGGCCAAGGUGUUUAUCAUCUCGAAAGAAGACUGUUUGCCAUACAGCCGGCCUCCAAUGUCCAAGCACAUGUGGUGGAACGCGGAUCCGCCUGAGAUGAAAAAGUUGAACUACGUUGAACAGUUGAAGAGGAAGACGAUGUACUACGCUGACUGCCAGUCCUUCAUGGAUCCGAUAAAGUUUUAUCGCAAGAAAACCGGGCCGGCGUUGUCCGUCGCCACCGGGUGGUGUGUGCUGCGGGUAGACGCUGACGACCACGUGGCCUGGAUAAAGACCAUGUGCGGGGAACAGCCGAUGUACUACGAGAGAUGCCUCAUCGCUGUGGGGGCUAAACCAAAAAACCUGAAUAUAUUUAAAUCGGCUCCGAAGUUUGUGAGGGAGCGUGUGCAAACGCUGCGCACCGUCCGCGACCUUGAGCUCGCGUACCGCAAGGUGAAAGCGGCCAAGCACGUGGUCAUACUCGGAGGAGGAUUCCUGGGGAGCGAGCUGUCCUGGUACUUGGGCAGGAUGAAAAAGGAAGUAGAUCAUCAUGGCGAACAGAAAGAAGAGUCCAUCGAGUUCGUGCAGAUGUUGAAGGACAAGGGCAUCUUGGCAGGGAUCCUUCCGGAGUACCUGUCUGAGUGGGCGGCCGAGAAGAUUAAGUGCGAAGGCGUAACCAUCAUGCCCAAGACGCAAAUCUAUGACGCGUUCAAGUCAGCGGACGGGCGUCUCGAGUUGACGCUGUCUAAUGGGUCUUCACUAGUGACUGAUUAUGUGCUUGUGGCGAUGGGCACGCAGCCUCGAGAAGAGUUGGCUGAACAAUCCUUCCUUGAGCUGGACUCCGUUAACGGCGGUUUCCUCGUCAACACCGAGCUGGAAGCUAGGACACAUCUUUAUGUGGCAGGGGACGCGGCGAGCCUGUACUCGCAGUGGAAGGACACCCGGCUCCGCAUGGAGCAUUACGGCAACGCGCAGGAGCAGGGCUACGUGGCCGGCGCCAACAUGACCGGCUACUGGGUGCCCAGCAACAUGGAGCCACACUUCUGCUUCCGGCUCGGCGACUCCUUGGACGUGGAGGGCGUGGGCGAAGUGGGCGCGUGCAUGCCCACGGUGGCGCUGUUCAAGCCGUGCGCAGACGACAGCAAGCCUCAGGCGUCUGGAGACGGCCAGGGAGAUAUGCCCUGCUUCAAAAAGGCCGAUGAGUAUAAGAACAGAUACAAACGGGGCAUGGUGUUCUACCUGCGAGAUGAGACUAUUGUUGGCUUAGUAUUCUGGAACCUUCCGCCUGUCGAUGACCGAUACGAAGUGGCCACUGAGAUACUCCGAGCCAGACCGUCAUACAAGGACAUCAACUUGAUAGCCGAGCUGUUCGGGUUUCCGGAGACCAAGUGCGACUACCUAAACGAGGCUGAAAUGGUGGAACCGGGCCCUUGCCUUAAGAACCGGCGUUUUGCAUGAACAUAUUUACAGGGUGUCUGCAAUAAGCAAUUUUACGAAUAAAC